CCUCCUUACAUUACCGUGUGACAUCUCCCGCCCUCCUCUUGUCACCAUCGGUAAGACCAAGAGACCCCUCAACCCAUUCACUUCGUUGAGCCGAGCGUUUCCCACUUGGUUGAGGCCAGUUGAGGGGCAAACAGGGAGGCAGGCAGCCAUGCAUGACGCACAGAAACGACAGGAAACACACUCUUUUCCCUGUGCGGGGCUGUGCGUGGUGUGUGUGCUGCCAGAUCCCACGGUGACGACUCUGAGAGGUCUUGCGCGUGCGCGGCGGCAGCAGAGCAUUGGCGGCAUCAAUCGGGCUGCUUCUCGAUAGGCGACGUCAGUUCCAGCUGCACACACUAAGCAGUGAGUCGGCAAACUGAGAGCAUAGGCACACUGAUGAACAGAUCCCACCUCGUUGUGUGGUUUGUUCCUUCGUGCAGAUGGUCGAUCGCGUUCGUCCGAUGGACACGAGCAGCCACGACGCCCCGGCUCCCUCGAGAGGUGGGCGAUGACGCACGCAAUGCAAUAUAGCACACAGUUGUCAUGCGUGUGUGUGGUGAUGGUGUGUGUGGUGCAGGUGGGCGGGGCAAUGGUAGCUUACGAGAUGUCGUAGGGGAGAUCCAAUCGGUGGGUGACUCACACACACACACACACACACACACACACAUAUGGAGGUCGAGCCGCCACGCCAUUUACUGUGCUGCCCGCCUGGCUGGUCGCCGGCUGUUUGGUGCGCCGGCUGUUUGAUGUUCAGCACAACUUGGCCCUCAGCAAUGAGCUGGCGCAGACGCCCACUUAUCACGACAAACGCGUAAGGCUCCACUGACCGAUGGGUGGCACAGACAAGCCGGUCACUCCCAUGUGUGUGUCUGUGUGUGUGUGUCGAUGUCAGCGGAUGGAAGUCGAUGUCGAGGCGGGCAGUGCGGUUGGACCGAAUGAGACCGACGACAACAAAGAGCAUAGCGAAGCGGUACGCACAAGUCCACACCCACACACGCCUACACACACACACACACACACACACACACACAGAGAGAGAGAGAGAGAGAGAGAGAGAAACUCAUUGUUGUCGAUCGCUGGUCAGGUGUCUGCUGAUGACGGCGCCGCGAAGCGUAGACGCGUAGACAUUAGUGCUGCUGCUGGUGGACAUAGUGGAGGUACGCAAAGCAUCGGCUGCUAUUGGUACCUGCAGGUGAUUCGAUUGGUGCGGCAGCGACACAGCAGCAGCAAGAGGGCGUCAGCUCACUCUCGGCAGACCUCACGGCCCCCAUGCAGCACAGCAGCCACCAGCAGCAGCAGCAGCAGCACCCGGUGUGGUAUGUCUGCGUCCCCCCAGCAGCCUCCCCGGCCAGCCGGCGCAGCUUCUUUCUUCUCCAGAUCGACGACAUCGUGCGUCUGCGGGCCACGUGCAAAUGGGUGAGGGACUUCUUCGGAGUGACUGAGCUGCGGCAGAGACUCAGGCAUUCGCUCAGCGCACAGGCGGGGCUGCGGCGGGUGGUCAAUGGGUAGCAGGUGCCGCUGGUGCGCUUCGACGACGACCACUUCGGCGUGUGUGAUCUGCUGGCGGCUGUGUGUGUGAUGGAGGAGGGAGAAUGGGUGGAGAUCGGCGAGGUGAUUGAGCUGGCGGGGCAGUGCCGCUACUGCACGCUGCCCGUCAUCCUCACGGCAGAUGACAUCAACACACACGCCAACAAGACGGUAAGGCACACACACAGAGGGGCGGGUGAGAACUGAGAGGCCUCAUUUGUUCUUCUCUCUCUCUGUGUGUGUGGCGUCGUGUAGGCGUAUGCAUCGUUCCCCCGUGUGUUGGCGCAGCUCAUGGUGGUCGGCCGCCACGUGGACUUCGGUGAAAACGGCAGCUGCCUGCGGAUCGUUCGCCACGGCAAUGGUGAGGUGCGGGCCAUCAAGGACGAGCCCGGCUUCCGACUCGACUUCAAUCCGCCCCUCCCCCCCGGCAAUCUGUAUCAGCAGCACCGACAGCAGCAUGACCCACCAGUGGUCAGCCGCAUCUACUACUCUGGCGGCACCAGUAGAUGGGUGUCGGGCUCUUUCCCGAUCCCCUAUGCGUCGGUGUCGUCGUUCGCCAAGAAAAUGAUCUUCUUCCACUCCAACGCGACUCGCCAGACCAAUGGCACAUCGACAUAUCUCAACAGGUAAUACACCAAUGGCCCAAGUGACGAGAGGGGUGUGCGUACGUGUAUGUGUGUGUGUGUGUAUCUGGUUGAUUCAGGUAUGUUGGUGGCGGCCGUCUGGAUGGCCUCCUCACCCAAUCGCCCCACACACCAGUCGCCGGAUGCUCGACGACACUGAGCUGGAGCCUACUGGGCUCGAAGCAACGGGUGCUGGUGCUGACCGACAGCAGCCACCCCUUCGUCGCGUUGAUUCACAUUGGGGAAAUUCUCAUGGGAUACAACGAUGACGGUAAGGCAGACAGACAGGCAGUCCUGCCGGCCGGCCGCAUGUCAUGUGUUGUUCUCUCUCGUCUGUCUGCAGUGGAUGUGUUUGUCGUGACGACCGAGCCACCUGCGGCUGGUGUGAGUGAGGAUGCGCCCUUCAAGGACCGCUUCCCAGUCACCACUGGGCUGGCUCGUGUGGUGCCGCUGGGGCCAGGCGUUGCGCUCGCCUUCGACGAACAAGCACAUCGAUACGAUCCAUCAGCGGAUGAGGAUGAUGGUGGUACGGACAGACAGACAGAGGAUACACACAGUGGAGAAGAAUGGGCCUUCUUGUGUGUGUGGUGUAGACGGUGACGGUAUCGAUGAGAGUGACGAUAUGGAUGAGAGUGACGACGUCGAGGAAGAGGGCGGCGGAGGUACUGAGGAAGCCAGACACACACAGCACACCAGACACCCUCUGAUGUCGACCCGCACCGCAUUCAUGUGUGCCUGUGUGGAUCUGUUCUGGUGCCCUGGCGAGAUGCAGUCCGGUCCGGGUUCGACGAUAGUGAUGACGAUGGUACGGACAGAGAGAGGGAAGGGACACACACACACGUGGGUUGAGUGUAUGGUGGACCUGCCAUUUGUGUGUGGUGUAGAGGGCGAUGCUGACGACAUGGAUGACGGCAGCGGAGGUACCAGCAAAGGAAGAGAGGCGCACACAACACUCACGCCCUCACAUCACUCCCGCCUCAUAUCCGUGUGUGUGUGUGUCGAUGGCAGGUGAGGGUGCGUCGGCUGAGGAGGAGCACGAAGACGGCGCUGAGGGCGCUGCAUCGCCCGAGUGACUGACACACAGACCCACCGAUCUCAAUACUCACUGGUGCGCCACAGACACACUUGAAUCCUUCUGUGAUGUGACCGGCUGGUGCCAUGCCUCUGAUGUAAUGGGUGUGUGGAUGAAUGGGUGGGUGGGUGAGUCCCUCCCUCUCCCCUCCGUGUGUAGCCCUCACAUCUGCCCUCACAUCUGCCUGCGUGUGUCUGUGGGUGGGCCGAUGUGUGUGGAUGGAUAGAUGGAUGGAUGGAUGAAUGAACUUGCAGACGUGCGU